CUCAACUCUGGGGAUGUGUGUUCUUGAGCUCUUGCUGUUGGUGGUGAACUAUACAGGUGCACCAUUGUCCUUGCUGUGAGAAGAUCUUUGAAUCUUCAUACUAUCUUGAUAUGCACGUUUCGAGGAGACAUCCAAGGCCAACAGAUCGCUCCGAGCGAGCGGAUGUUCGAUCGGAGAGAGUAUCAGGAGAGAGAGCCCCUGUCUAUCAUCCACCAGUUGCAAGAAGUGUUGAGAAAUCUGCCGCACAAGUAAGAGCUGAAACUGAAGCAGUUUUACAAAGAGAAUUUGAACGACAACACGGAGGAGUUUCACAUCGUGACGACAGCAGAUCUGGUGGUGCUCAGGUGAGUUCUUUGCAUCAAACUCUACAUGACAGCGGGAGUGAAUUUGACGAAGCUGAUUACCAACUUGGCCUUCCUUACUCACAAUCUCAUGCCACUCCUAGGUUGCAACGAAGAGAUGACUACGAGGUUUUGGAAGAUGCUGGAAAUAGGCUGAGUGACUUGGAACGGAAGUUUGAAGGUGUUGAACAUCAAAUUCACCACCUCAAUAAGGAAAAUAUCAAACUGAGAACUGAACUAGACGCAGCUUACCGCGAGCUAUCUGCUUUGAGAUCUGGAAAACGUCAAAGAAUGGGAGACAGUCCUCAGCUUGAGCUGGAGAAGAAGGAAAAGCAGCUAAUCAAGUAUAUGAAAAAUCAAGGAAAAUCGUCCGGUAUCGAAGACUUCACCGUGCAGGAGCAUGCAAGAAAUGCCAAGUCCUUGAGCGACUGGGUUAGCGACACGGAUGAUAGAUACAGCGACCUCACCAUGGGAAUCACCGAAGAGUUUCGCGAUCUCGAGCCACCCGAAGAUGCAAGGAGCCGGCACUCGGAUGAAUCGGGACGAAGUAGCGCAGCUUCAAGGCGAAAGCAGCUUGUUGACGUUGAUGACGGGACUCCAGUGUCGGACAAGGAACGCUGGGUGCAAGAGCAUCAGUAUGCCCCAAUACCAGAGAAGCCUUAUGCUUUGUCCAAAUUCCCACACGGUUCGUCUACAGUGAGUACUAUGCAUGGAAGAAUGGCCGCGCAAUUCGAACAGAAGCUGAAUGCCGAACUGAAGAAGUUUGGGAUCUCAGCAAACUCGAAAGGAAUCAGUGACGAGAUGCUCAAAGCGGCACUAUCAACACUAGAAAGGCAACGAAGAACUCGCUACUGUGACGCUCCACCCGAUGACCGCAGGAUCAUGGAGUACGAGAGAAGCACUAUACAAUGGCAUAUUGAGAGAGCUGUACGUACCCGCGACACGGAUCGCCUGGAAUCAAUUUUCGAGGAAGAGUCAGAGCCAGAGGACGUUGCUUCUGUUGUGUCAGAUGACGAAAUCUCCGAAAGAGAAGAGCUUGAAGAGCGGGCGAGCUCGAGACCGUCACCGUCGUAUGGAAAGCCAUCACCAUCCUACGGUCGUCGCACGCCGUCGCCGAGAUCCUACGGCCGGCGCUCAUGCUCGCCGUGGCCACCGCAACCUCCAAAGUCGAGAGGAGGGGGACCGAGCUCGGGAUUUACCGAGCAGUUUGUGUCCAAGGCAUUUUCGUGGCGAGCGGACGACGAGUCCGAGUCGCACACAUUUAGAGUUACCGGUGAGGUGGUAGCGCAGCGAGUUAAAUCCCCCGGUGGAGGAGGAGACGUUCCACACAGGAUUGUUAUAUCGCCAGUAGCCAGUCCAGUGAGUGUUAGUCGGGGGCCGGCUCCAAUCUUUGAGGACGAGCAAGUGGAGGAAGAUUUGGGACUGGGUGACUGGGACAGCGACGAUGGAAAGAACACGAGCAGUCCAAGCCCGAGAAGUCCCGACGUUGCGAGGCAAGUUAUGAGAGAUAUACAGUCGAGAGUGGAAUCUCCUUCCAGUUCCAAAGCCACAGCUAAGCAAAAAGGCAAGCAAGCAGCAGCUGGAUCUACCAACAAGUCCAAGCAGCACGCCAGUAGUAGCAAUGCCAGUGAUGAUAUCAAAAUGCUAGACGAACUUGAUGCUGAAAUCAAUGACAUAAUAAGAUGAAUCUUAAUAUCA